AUGAGUGAGUACCCUGCCAUAGCACUGCAGCUGAUUCAUGAAAGGUUCGUGAUGAAGGAGGAUUCUUUUUGGGCUCCCUACAUUGCCGUCUUGCCGUCGACAGAAGAGGUGGGUGCUUCCUUUUCCUGGUCAGACGAGGAGUUGAACACCCUCUUGAAUGGCAGCAUUUGUCGAAACAUGUCUAUGUAUUUGAAGAAUCAGGUGAAGGAAGAGUUUGAAAAGCACCAGGCUACAAUCUUUCAGCAGUUCCCCGACAAGUUUCCAGCUGACGCAUUUACGUACGACAACUAUGUCUGGGCAUACGCCAUUCUGUUCAGCAGAGCCGUGAGGCUUGACUUCCCGGACGGUGCUUAUGAGGAGGACUUGGUCGCACUGGUCCCAUACAUCGAUCUCAUCAACCACAACCCGAAUUCUGAAUCCAGAAUACGAGGAGUCAGCGAAGGUGCCGAUGUGCCGGGAAUAACAGCUACGGAACGAUCUGUGGUUGUGAGAUCUGACAGGUAUUACAACAAAUACGAGCAAAUCUACAUCUCGUAUGGAAGAAAAUCCAAUGCUCAGCUCUUGAUGUUGUAUGGUUUCAGCAUGGAAAGGAAUACACAGGACUUUGUGACAAUUGCAGCUGGACAGCUGAUGGAAACCAGUCCAUAUGCUGAUGUCAAGAAGAAGCUUCUGGACGAACUGGAGGUCCCGCCAGAGGGAGUCUUCCCGCUGUAUCGAGAUCGCUUCACUGGUGAAAUGAUGAUGUAUCUCAGGCUGGCCAUCGUCCAGCCCGCAGACCUGGAUCUAGAUGAGGAUGCUACUGAAAAGCAGGUGUACAGAAAGCUGAAGCAGCUCGAUAUCAAGAAAGCCACGGGAGAGGUCAGCGAGCGCGGGGCGCUGAUCUGCUUGCGUGGCAUCAUACAGGAGCUGCAGGAUGCAUAUCCCACAACUCUGCAGGAGGAUGAGGCCCUGAUUCGGGAUCGGCAGAUGUUUGAGCUGCUGCCCAGGAAUCAGCGCAAUGCUUUGCGAGUCAGGUAUGGCGAGAAACUGAUCUAUCGGGCGUCUUUGGCUACGAUCGACCGCACCCUCAACAACUUGCCGAGGCUCGGGCAAUUGGAGAGAGAAAGGGCCAAGAGAUACGAGAAGAUGCAAAAUUCAGCCUUUGGACGGCUCAGCGUCAAGUUCGAGUCGCCCUUCAAAGCCCGCAACCUCGAGGACAAGGGCGAUUUUCGCAAGGUUGCAUGUCUGAGAAUGCGUUGA